UCUCACUCUCGCCGCUCUAUCCAAUGGCCGCUCGCCGCCGCCUCCUGCUCUGUCUCCUCCUGCUGGCCACCACUCUAUCGCCAACCGCCGUUGCCAGCGACGGCGCUGGCGAAUCGAAGAAGACGUACAUCUUCCGCGUCGACCACCGCGCCAAGCCGACGGUGUUCCCCACCCACGCGCACUGGUACACCUCCGCCGCCUUCGCCUCGCCAGCCAGCGCCGGCGCCGACCCGCUCGAGCCUCUCCACGUCUACGACACCGUCUUCCACGGCUUCUCCGCCUCGCUCACCGCGUCCCGCGCCGACGAGCUGCGCCGCCACCCCGCCGUCCUCGCCGCCUUCGAGGACCAGGUCCGGCAGCUGCACACCACCAGGUCGCCGCAGUUCAUGGGCCUCCGCGCGCGCCUCGGGCUCUGGUCCCUCGCCGACUACGGCUCCGACGUCAUCGUCGGGGUGCUCGACACCGGCGUCUGGCCCGAGCACCGGAGCCUCUCCGACAGGAACCUCCCGCCCGUCCCCGCCCGCUGGCGCGGCGGCUGCGACUCUGGUCCCGCCUUCCCGGCGUCCUCCUGCAACCGUAAGCUCGUGGGCGCGCGGUUCUUCUCCCAGGGCCACGCUGCGCACUACGGCGCCACCGCGGCGUCAGCGGCGGCCGCGUCCAACGGGUCCUCCGCCGAGUACAUGUCCCCGCGCGACGCCGACGGGCACGGCACCCACACGGCCACGACGGCAGCCGGGAGCGUGUCCUACGACGCGAGCAUGGAGGGGUACGCAUCCGGCGUCGCGAAGGGGGUCGCGCCCAAGGCCAGGGUGGCGGCGUACAAGGUGUGCUGGAAGGGCGCGGGCUGCCUCGACUCCGACAUCCUCGCCGGCUUCGACCGCGCCGUGGCGGACGGCGUGGACGUCAUCUCCGUCUCCAUCGGCGGGGGCAACGGCGCCGUCUCGCCCUUCUACAUCGACCCCAUCGCCAUCGGGUCGUACGGCGCCGUGUCGCGGGGCGUGUUCGUGGCCACCUCCGCGGGCAACGAAGGGCCGGCCCCCAUGUCGGUGACCAACCUGGCGCCGUGGGUCGCCACCGUGGGCGCCGGCACCAUCGACCGCAGCUUCCCCGCCGAGAUCGUGCUCGGCGACGGGCGGCGCCUGUCGGGGGUGUCGCUCUACUCCGGGAAGCCGCUGGCGAACAACACGAUGCUGUCCCUCUACUACCCCGGGAGGUCGGGCGGGCUGUCUGCUUCCCUGUGCAUGGAGAACUCCAUCGACCCGUCGCUCGUGGCCGGGAAGAUCGUCAUCUGCGACCGCGGCAGCAGCCCGCGCGUGGCGAAAGGGGUGGUGGUGAAGGACGCCGGCGGCGCGGCGAUGGUCCUCGCCAACGGAGAGGCCAACGGCGAAGGUCUGAUCGGGGACGCGCACGUCCUGCCGGCGUGCUCGGUGGGGGAGAGCGAGGGCGACGCGCUCAAGGCGUACGCCGCCAACAUCACCAACCCGACGGCAACGAUCGUGUUCCGGGGCACGGUCAUCGGCGUGAAGCCGGCGCCACUGGUGGCCUCCUUCUCGGCGCGCGGGCCCAACGGGCUCGUGCCGGAGAUCCUCAAGCCGGACUUCAUCGCGCCGGGCGUCAACAUCCUGGCGGCGUGGACGGGCGCCACGGGGCCCACGGGGCUGGAGUCCGACCCGCGGCGGACGGAGUUCAACAUCCUGUCGGGGACGUCCAUGGCGUGCCCGCACGCGAGCGGGGCCGCCGCGCUGCUCCGGUCGGCGCACCCCGGUUGGUCGCCCGCGGCGAUACGGUCGGCGCUGAUGACCACUGCCGUCGUCACCGACAACCGCGCCGGCGCGGUGGCCGACGAGGCGGAGGCCGGGCGCGCGGCCACGCCGUUCGACUACGGCGCGGGGCACGUCGCGCUGGGCAGGGCCCUGGACCCGGGCCUGGUGUACGACGCCGGGGACGAGGACUACGUGGCGUUCAUGUGCAGCAUCGGGUACGAGGCGAACGCGAUCGAGGUGAUCACGCACAGGCCCGUGGCGUGCCCGACGUCGACGGCGGGCAGGAAGCCGUCCGGGUCGGACCUGAACUACCCGUCGAUCUCCGUGGUGCUCUACGGCGGCGGCAACCAGUCGAGGACGGUGAUCCGCACGGCGACGAACGUGGGCGCGGAGGCGGCCGCGACGUACAGGGCGCGCGUGGAGAUGUCGAGCGGUGGCGUGUCCGUGGCGGUGGAACCGGAGAAGCUGGUCUUCUCGACGACUGUGCAGAAGCAGAGCUUCGCGGUGACGGUGGCGGCGGCCUCCGCUCCCGCCGGCGCGGCGCCGGUGUACGGGCACGUCGUGUGGUCGGACGGCCGCGGGCACGACGUGCGGAGCCCCAUCGUGGUGACAUGGCUGCAGCCAAUGUAAGUGACAGGUGGGGACACACCGAGCU